UUUUUGGGGAAUAAACAAAAUUCUGCUGCUAAUUAAACAGUUUUUCAACUAUGUAGAAUUUAACGAAAAUUCGCCAAUUAAGGACAAGGACAAGGUGCAUAUCCUUGCAACAAAGUGGACAAUAUGGAGCGCUUUGCAUUUAAAAUUGAUGCGGCGCUGAAAGCGAAUCUCUGCAAGAUUUGUCGUCUGUGCGGCAUCGAUAAUCCACAAAAGGUGCCCAUACUGUUGACCAAUGAAGGCGAAAUUACAGAUCUGGACGAUCCGAGUCUCUACCAGAAGGUAUACGAGUUGGUUGGACUUACGGUGACCAAGAAUGAUAAAAUGCCCCAAACAAUGUGUAAUCUGUGCGUGGACAAGAUCAAUGACUUCUACGAAUUUCGGGAGAUGUGUUAUGCCACUAAUAAUCAGACGCGCAAGCUUCUGGGCUUGAAACCAGCGGAGCCCCAAAAGCUUGUGAUGGACAUCAAGCCCCUGGUAAAGACGGAAUCAUUGACUGGUGGUGCUAAGCGUGGCCGGAAACGCAAGUCAGACGAACCUGUGGUCAACGACCCCUUGCCGGACAGUGUCAAAAAAGAGCCCAUGGCUUGGCGCAAGAAGCUCCGACUGCAGCAUCAACAACAGCUAAAGCAGGAGAAUAAAAUGUCAUCAGAGAUUAAGGAUGAGCCCGCUGAUCCCGACCCCCCCACGACGACCACAAAGCUAGCGCUAAUGAAAAAGGGAAGGAAAUCUGUUUGCAGUGUGUGCGGCGAGAAAUUCGAAGCCAAAGAGCUAAUGGACGAGCACAAGAACAGGGUCCAUGUGCCGUGGAUACCACGUUAUUUUUGUAAUGCCUGCAAUCAGACGCAUCACAACCAGAGCGACAUACGUGCCCAUCAACUGUGGCAUAAACUAUCUAAAGCCCCAUACAAGUGUCCGUUGUGCGAUGCGAAUGUUGCAAAUGCUUAUGCCUUUGCCCGACACCUGCGGGAACACACGCCACCGACGCCACUUCAGUUGCAGGUUCUCGAUCGCGAGUGUCCUCUAUGCAAGAAGACAUUCGUGACCAAUUUCUUUUACAAUACCCAUCCCUGUGCCAUACGCAAACGCAAAUGUGGCGGCUGCAGUCGCCCCCUCAACACGGAAGGUGCCUACAUGCGGCAUGCGCCAAGCUGCUCGAAAAUCUACUUAAGUCACUCGAAGCACAUUCUGCCAGAGGUUGUACAGACUGAGUCUCAAAUGCGCAUCAAGAACGAGGUGGAGGAUGAGCAAACUCCUUCCACAGUUGUUAUGCCCAGUUUCCUGCAAGAUGACGAUAUGCAGCCAAUGGUGGUCUUAGAACGUCUGGCUUCUCCAUUAUUGCGUGCAUCAGCCAUUGUGCCCAACACAUUGGGCGCCACAACGCCAUCCACAUCCAAGAGUAAAUCCACUGAGCGAGUAUCUUCCAAAAAGUAUUUGAAACGGGUUGAUCAGCUCUUGAGGAAUACAAUGAGCACCCUGGUUAGCAUUAAACAUGAGCCAGAAGUGCACAUAAAUGAUACGGGUCCGACUGCCGAUCAGGCUGAAAGCGAUCCCGAGCCGGAGGAACCACCCAGUUUUAGCGAUUUUCAUGCCGCCAACGAUGAUGAUGAUAGCGAUGGAGAAGAGGCCACUGCAAAUGGCUCUUCUUCGGCUUCCAAUGUGUUCAGUCUCGAUGCAGUUAAGCAGGAACCUGUAGAUGAUCAGCAGGUACCGGGGCACCAGGGGGAAGUUCAAAUCAAACAGGAACCUCUUAAGCUUAAGCUGAAAAUUACCAACAAUCACGGCCAGUUGAAUUCAUCGAUUGUGGAUGACCAUGACGAGAUGCAACCGCGGGGCAGUAAAAAAAAGAAAAAACGCAAGCACAAAGAACGUCAAAGGGAAUCAUUGGCUACUCCAGCCGAAGUGGAGACUCCAGUGCAGGAAGAUUUAGGGAUUAAAAUCAAAGAGGAGCGUAUGGAUAAUGAAUAUGCUGAUGGAAAUGAAAACGGCACGGAAACUAUGUUACCCCAGGCCACGGUUAUGACGAGCAUACCAAUGACCCAACUGGAGGGCAAUUACAACGACGAUACCACCACUCAUCUAGGACAUCAGCAGAAGGACUCUGCUGCUCUACCAACAUCCAAUUUAGCAUUAGAAGAGAUGCGAGAUGUUAAGCCCAAUCGUCUGGAAUUGGAUCGAUUAAUGAAAAUAUCACAUGUGGCCAGUGGAGUAGAUAUGGCCGAAGAGGCUAUGGAAACUGCUCCAUCUUCUGCCCCUGCCACAGCCGAAGAACCAAUUGAAACUUUACCGCAAAUCAAUAAGAAAACAGCAAAGUCUACGGCGCGAAAGAGUACUGGUGGUGGAUCCACCCGUCAGCCGACGGCUUCUGUGCCUCAAAUUGUUGCAGUGGAGAGUGGAGCAGCUGUUAAUUUUAAUAUGGUUCCCGAUAUUGCCAUCAAACCAGAACCCCAGAAUCGAGGCUAUGCAGAUGAAAUGACAAAUGAAAAUAAAAAUGAGCCAGAGCCUGCUGUGGCAGAGCUGGCGGAGGAUGAAAUCAAUCAUAAUGAGAAGAUCGAUGAAGAGAAUGCCUAUAUAAAUAGUUUAGAUUUUAAUAAUAUAACUAUUAAGCAAGAGAAGGAUUUGGAUAUAACCGAUAUGACUGCCAAUGGUAGCCAAACGGAAUGCAUGAAUUACAAUGGUCAAGAGGAGGAAGAGGCGGCAGAUAGUGAGGAUGAGGAUGAUGACAGUGCUUCUUCUGCAGACGAAGCCGAAGAGCAUAUGGAAGAGGAUGAGGAAGAGCGUAUCUACCAAGAGAUUGAGUUGCAACCACUUGAAAAGCCAACAGAAGAAACAUCUAUUGAGAAACAGCAACAGUCUAUAGAAGCGGAAACAGCGGAAGAGCCAGCAGAAGAGCCAAUUAUUGAGACAUUAGCAGAGGAAACAGCACCACCUGUGGCAGAUGUUGGACAAAUGGAGCCAAAUCCGCCAAAUCCUAACUUUAAUAUUGUCAUUACCAGCGUUUGCAGUCAGGCAGAUGAAGCUGUUUCGGCCCAGACGACAAGUGAACCUACCACAGAGCAAAACGAAAAAUGUGAUGAGAGUGCGCCAAGUGAGAUUGUCCCUGGCCAGGCAGAGUCCUUGCCAUCUAUAUUACUCACUGCAGCCAAAGACAAUGAAAUUGAAGCUCAGCCUUUUCUGGAACCAACCAGUGCCAGCAAUUGUGAUGAGGAGCAACAAAAUGUGCUUAAUCAUGAAAUUUUUGAACAGCAGAUGCCAGUUGAAGCCCUAGAGCAGUUACCAGUCGGUGACGAUGCCGUUGAGCAGUUACCAGUGGAAUCCCUGGAGCAGGUGCCAGUUCCAGCCGCACAGGCAGAUCAGUUACCUGGUCCAAAUGAAGAGACUGAGAAUCGCAUCAAUGAGUUGCAACAACAAGAGCAACUGCAGCAUCAAAUGCAAGUCCAUCAGGAUCAGGUCAAUGAUGACUCCAACAUCAACGAAAUUGCUGAAAAUAAUAAUAAUGCCAACAUCGAACGUGAAUUGCAGGAUGAUGCAAAUGGGGCUCAGGAAAAUGUCAAUAUCUAGACACUAUAGCUAUGAUCAGUUCAUUUAACAAUUUGUAUAAUGCUGGAUGAAGGGAAAAUGCAUGAAUUCCCAUUGUGGUUCAAUUCAAAAUACUUGGAAUUUAAAGUUUAGUUAUAUAUUAAGUUAGAUAUACACAACUUGAUUUACGUAAAUUACAUAAAUUAAUGGCUUAUAUAAUAUUAUAGUAUAAUAUAAUAUUUAUAUAUAUAUAUAUAUAUAUAUAUAUAUAUAUAUAUACUAUAUAUAUAUAUGUAUUUAAACACACAAAUCGCACAAAACUCGUUCGGAUCCAUAAAUUUCUCGUCAGACAUGUUUAAUGGGUUAUAUAUAUAUUUUUUUUUUCCAGUAGUUCCUUUCGAAAAAGUUAAG